UAGUUCGCUCCAUUAAAUCUUUUGUAACUAUACCUUAUCACGAAUGGAGCACGCUGUAGCUAUCAAGUUAAUUAUGUACCCUACCAACAUUUAAGUAGCCUAAGUAGAGGCUAUUUCAUUGUGACACAUUAAGUUAGGAAAUUAACUGUUUUGACUAACAAGUCCUUGGCUACUUAAUCAUUUGAAGAAACAGAUCGAAGUUAUCAACAACUAAGCUGUAAUAUCUAUCUGCAAAAUGGAAGAUGUUGUAGCAUAUUCAACUUUUGAAGGAUUUAGGCCCCAUUUUGAUGCAUUAGGCAGGGUCGGCUAUUUCAAAAUAGUUCUAAAACCCAUAUCCUCUUUGAAACGAUUCCUCCACAACGUAUAUCGUUUUAUAUCGUGGAGUUUAAUUCUAACGUACAACUUGCAGCAUGUUAUAAGAGUAAUUAAGGUUCGCCACAGCACUAAUCUGAUAGUGGACACGCUGUUCAUUUUGCUAACAACUCUGAACACGUUGGGCAAGCAAACCGCAUUCAAUGUGAGGACUCGUCGCAUUGAUGAUAUCAUCAACAUCAUUAAUGGACCAAUCUUCGCAGCAAGUAAGCCUUAUCACGUGGAGGUUCUGAAACAGAAUGCGUUGGUCAUGUCCCGACUGCUGACUUUGUAUCAUGGCGCCAUAUUUACUUGCGGCACUCUGUGGACCGUGUUCCCCGUAGUUAAUAGAGCGCUUGGCAAAGAAGUACAGUUCACUGGAUAUUUUCCAUUCGAAACCACAAGCACGUUAUCAUUCUCGCUGGCAUUGGCCUACAUGACCGUUCUGAUAACUUUCCAAGCUUAUGGAAACGUAACAAUGGACUGCACGAUCGUAGCGUUCUAUGCGCAAGCCAAGAUUCAAUUACAGAUGCUGCGGUACAAUCUCGAACAUCUUGUGGUAUUUACAAAUACUAAGAAAUUCAGUUCGAUAAAGAAUCAGUACAAAGACGAAGGAGAAGAGAAGACAGAACUGCAGGAAAGAUUGAAGAAGUGUGUCAUACAUUAUAAUCAAAUUGUAAGAUUUGCAAAAGAAGUUGAGUCGAUAUUCGGUGAAGCAAUGGUCGUACAGUUCUUUGUGAUGGCUUGGGUCAUAUGCAUGACAGUGUACAAAAUCGUUGGUUUAAGCAUAUGUUCAGCGGAGUUUGUAUCGAUGGCCGUGUAUUUGGGUUGCAUGUUAGCCCAGUUGUUUAUUUACUGCUAUUUUGGGACGCAACUCAAAGUUGAGAGUGAGUUAGUAAAUCAAUCAAUAUACUGCUCUGAUUGGUUGUACCUGUCGCCUCGGUUUCGAAGACAACUGCUAGUGAUGAUGCAGUGCUGUGGUCGACCACUGGCCCCUCGCACCGCCUACGUCAUCCCUAUGUCUUUGGAUACGUACAUACAUGUGCUGAGAUCUUCAUACACAUUGUUUACGUUCUUGAAUCGCUAGAGGGCUUAUUUUUUUACGUCAUCAAAUAAAAUAUGAGUUAUCACUUAAAACAAAAAUUAGGCGUAAAAGAAGAUUUAGUUCCGAAUGUGUUUCGAAUAAAACUAGGGAUAUAAAGAAGAAGAAAAGCCAGAGAAAAGGAUUUCAAUGGCCAGUAAUUGAAAUGUUUCAUUGUAAUUUAUCGCACGAUGAAAACAUCACAAUGCUGAGUUUGAGAGACUUUUAUUCUAGUGAUCUCAGCACAGAAUAGUAUUAGAGGUCGCUCGUAAAAUUGACCACCGUUUGAUUCAUUGCGCCUAUUUACUGCCGUUUUAUGGCCCAACGCUGCCUGAAGUAAACCGUAGUUGAUCUGAAAUCCAGCAUUGUUCUCUAGUUGCUUCUUACACCGGUUGCGUGUACACU